CUUAAGGGCGCAAGCGCAGCCAACUUCACUAAUAGUAUAAAAAUAUUUAAAGUGCACUUUUAAUUUGAUCAUGUCGUCGGAAAAAGAUGUAAUAGAUAAAAACAAUAAUUCUGAUGAGGAAUAUUUGUAUUACAAGGAGCAUGAGAGUUUUCUAUUUGCGCAGUAUGCACGACCGCUGCUUGUGGCCAAUUGCUCUCAGUACGCGAUAGCCCACUCGAAUGUACGCCUACAGACUGCACGCCAUCUAAGCGAGGUAUCCUUUUUACCCCACAUUCAAAUCACGAUGCGUCGAUUGAGGCUGACGCAACUGCUGCGACUGCAAAGCUACGCAUGGCCACAUCUCAACCGGGGUGCAGGCCAUGGCGCUGUUAUCGUGAGUGCUCCGCGCAGUGGACGCACCCUGAGUUAUGCGCUGCCGCUGUGUCAGGUGGUAAGCAGAACAUUGACGGAGCAUCGUUCUCACACGCGCUGGCGACUGCAAGGACCUAUUGCUGUGGUUCUGGUCGCCGAUUUGGUUCGAGUGCAGCAAAUGAGCGAGUUCUGCAAUGCAAUGUUACGCAGGUCAAGGAACGAGGAAUGGUUAACGCUGGUGCUGACGGUGCCCUCUUCCCACUCACCAGAGUUCUUUCAGAGGCUACUCAAUGGCGUUGGUUGCCUGGUCGCCACGCCUGCUCAGUUCCUAUGGAUGUGCGGGAAUAGUUUAAAGCUACCUAAUCUGCGCUUUGUGGCUUACGAUGAUGUGGAUUUGAUGCCAGACGGGCAAUUGAGACAGGUUCAUCAACAGUUGCUGGCAUUAACCAAGCAAGAACGCCCGCAACUUGUCAUCAGUUCGCAAUCAUAUAAACAGCAGUUGCUAUCUAUGUUGCGCGAGUGUAAUACCCAGCCCAUGGUACUCUUUGGUGAUGCUUUGGAGGCGGCUGUCUAUGGCGGCACACGUCUACAAAUCUCUCUUCAACAGCGUAAUGCCAAGUGUGACGAAGUGUUGCGCGUGCUGCACGAGCGUCCGCCGUAUCUGCAUCGAACUGUCAUCCAUUGCCAAUCUGAUUCGGACGUACGUGAGCUGGUGGCAACGCUGGCAUCGCAUGGCUAUAAUUGUUUACCCUACUAUCAGACGGCUGAUAUGGAGGUGCGCGAUCACGUGCAUAGGUGGAUGCAGGAGAGUCGAGGUGAGGUCUUGCUUUGUACCGAUCACUGCCCGGAACUAAACAUACGACACGCCCACACACUGCUACACUACAGCUUGAGCGAUAACUGGAGUCUGUUUAAGCUGCGCCAUCUGACACUCGCUGACAAUCUGCGCAAUCAAUUGGCGGUUAGGAAUCGGAAGGAGCAAACGGAACGGCAGCAGCAUGACUUACUUUCCCUGGUUUUGCUGGAUGAGAGCAAUAACAAUCAGCUGCCUCGCCUAGUGGACUUUUUGCAAAUGCAUCAGCAAGUGGAUAAGCUUGUUGUCCAACUGGCUCGCAGCAUACGUGAGCAGUUGAAACGCGCCAAGUACAAAGAGCCGACGUUGUGCGAUCUCCUGCUCAGCUUGGGCGAAUGCGUUGAUACACAAUGCGAGCAACGUCACCAUCUACUGAUGCAAGAUCGUUUGCUGUCUGCGCAGAUGCCUUCUAGUGGGGAUGUUAAAUUGCUGCUACUACGCGUUUAUACACCCACGCAUUAUUGUGUUCGUCUGCUGGAGCAUUUACCACUUGGUGGCAGAUGGCAAGUGCUGCCACGUAACAGAACUCUCGAAUUGCAACUACAGCUGUUACAAUCAAAGGAGUGUGUGCAUCUUUGGCCCCCGGAGGUGCAACAAAUCUGUGUAUAUCACAAUUCAAACGGCUAUGAACGCGUGCGUAUAUUGCGCGUGGAUUCCAUUGGUCAGCUGAAUAUCUCGCGGACUGAUGUGCCUGUGCUGGUGCAGGCUCUGGACGUGGACACACGACAGUUUAUGACCACCAGUGGCAAGCUGUUUAUAUGUCCAGAUGAAUUGCGUGAUGAGCCGCCGUUAGCAAUAGAUGUACGCAUCGCGGGCCUGGUACCUUACACAGGCGAACGCAAUUGGCAUGAGAGUGAUGGCAAGCAAUGUGCGACCUGGUUGAAUUCUAUGCCGCAACCUAGUUUUUUGCAGGCACGCAUUCUUACAGCUUUGUCGCAUACGCUCUUUGUACACGACUUGGCCGUGACAAGCUAUGCGCCCAGCCUGCAGAUGCAUGUUCGCCGCCUGACCAUGUGUCAGCAGCUGUUGCAAAACCAAAUGGCCAAGAAAUGCAAAAAGACCGUGGAGAAACUGUUGGAAUUUCUGGAGAAUAAUACAUGCCAAUCCCUGAAUGUGCAGAAAGUCUGCGUGCCGCCGUAUGAAAAGCCAAAUCUUAAGACAAAAACGUUACUCACAGGCAAAGCUAGAAUUUUUGCCAAAAUGGCGAUGCAACUAGGCAAAGAAAAUGGAUUGCGCUUGCAACAAAAGCAACGGGAGCAACAGCAACAAAUGGAUGACAUAAGAACAGAAACGCAGAUAGACCUGCAGCAGAAGUCAGAGGACAGCAUAGAAGCAUUACACAAUUGUCUCAUGAAAUGUACAAUGAUGCAGCUGCAGCAGGAACAUACGCAGGAUCACCCUCCAACGCAAAAUUCGGUGAAGAAUCUGCCUGAUGUUUUGCCACAGCCUAAGGUGGCCAAUAAAUUGGCUGCUGAUGCAGUCAUCGCAAGAGUCCACAAUAUACAUAUCCAGUUGCCCUUAAAUGUCCUUCGACCCGAAGUCAUUUACUAUCAAACGCGCUUUAUGCUCGAACUGCAGAUUCUUCUCCCGGAAGAUAAGAUGCCUUAUGACGCUCUGUUAUACAAUGGUUGUUGUGUUGCUUUUUGGACACUGCGGACACCUGGCAAGCCCAUUUAUCAGUUUAUACUGAACACUCAUUGCCCUUAUCAGCAGCUCAGUCAUCGUAUGCGGGGUCGCACUGUAUAUAUAAGCGUGGUGAAGGCUCUGGUAGUCACAUAUCCGCAUAAUUUUAGUUUCUACAAAUUCAUGAAACCACAUUAUGAAAAACUGCAUCAAAUGGAAAAAGAGCGCAGUAGCCGAUUAAAAAAUUUUGAAUCUUAUUUGCUAUACAAUGGCUACAUCCAGAGCAGAGUAAUGAAACGUACGCAAAGCUCAGAUGAUUUAAGUAGCGAUGAUGGAUCGGAGGAUUCGGCUCUUACUUGCAGGGAACACGUGGAGCACGCUCGUGAUGACCCUGAAUUUGUUUAUUAAUUUGUUUUAGUUUUUACGCUGGCCUAUUAGAAUUGUCCAGUUACUCAACCGAACAUGAAUUUAUUAUUAUUAUAUUUCUAGUUAUUUGUGAUCUCAAUUAUUAUAUUCUUUUCUAAGAAAUCGUAGUUUUAUAGUAUUUUUCUUACGAACGCAUAUAGUUUGCGCUUUUCUUAGUUUCGGCAUUUAUGGAUUUAAAUAUAUUAUUUUACGACAAGGUUUA